CAGCCCUCGACCACAUCGAAGUUCCUGGGAAAUUAAAGAGCAUUAUGGAAAUGGGAGUGCCCCGUGUACAUAUCCAAUCGGCUGGUUAGUAUCACAUUCCCAAACAUCACACACCCACUCUUUUCCGCUACCAGCGCCCCUAUUGCCACUCGGAUCUCUCUCUUCCUAGGAGGUGCAGAGGAAUUUUGUCCGCAGGGUCACAGACUUUACUUCUUGGACGCACACGCUUGGGGAAUUUGUCCCUGACUUGAGUGUGUGAAGCCGGUGGGGACCUUGGUUUAUCCGCAACGCAACGCAGCUCACCCACCCUCGCCAUGAAGCGGCAGCGACUGAUGUUGAUCACUGCGCGGUUCUUCGCGGGAGCGGCGCUGAUCUUUUUCUACCUAACGUCCUGCACCAACUACUGGCUCCACGCUGUGACCUGCGGGUCCGACAACAAUACACAGUCUGCUGAGACCCAGUUGUCAGACAGACAGAUGCAGAAAACACCGACUGACAAUGCAACGGAGCUGAAAUCUGGCACAGAUUCGCGAGGGACCGCAAGAUUUUUGACUGGAAGAGACGAAUCAAGUCCGAUGGGUUCAUCAAUGCCUGAAAAUGGAACUUUACAACAUCAGAGGAAAAAAAGAUAUUCUGAUUAUUACCUAUUUUCUGAACAUACACUAUUAUUGAAAGAUAACAGGGUAACUUACCAUCACGAGGGCUUCACCUGGAGAUGCUCAUUUACCGAUAAAGAGGCGGGAAAUCAACAUUCAAAAUUUAUUACCAUUUAUCAACCACCUGUAAAGUGCUGUGUGCACGCCUUUUAUUCCCCAUUUCCAAGCAAUCCAGAGAUCAUUAAUGCCGAAUUUCAAUCUUCACUUGUUUAUCGUAAACUUUGGAGUGCACUAAUGUUCUUGGGAGUGAUCAUAAUUACAAUUGGAUUCAUAUGCAUCAUUUACAAAGCAUGCCGUCAGAAACACGAGAUGUAUAAAACAGUGGGAGUAAUUUUCCUCAUUGGUGGCAUUUGUUUCACCUUGUCAAUUAUCAUGUACGCCUGCUGGAUAUCAGCAAUAUCUCAGAUGAUUGCAAAAGAAAUAGCAAAUUGCAAAUCUGCAAAUGGCAAUACGAAAUAUGGCGUGGAUUAUGGUUGGUCUUUCAUGGCAGCUCCUUUUGCCGUAUUAUUCUCUGUAAUCGCAGGUGGUCUUUUCAUUAAAUUGUCUGCCCCUGAACGCAGUGAAAGUGGUGAAAUCAUUUAAAUAUUUUUUGGAUGCAACCAAUUUAUAUAUUUUUAAAGAGGAAAGAGUCAUUAUUAUGCUGAAGCGGCAAAAUACAUCAACAAAGAGACAUGAUAAUAUGGACUGCCUUUGAUUACAUUCAAAAUAUAACUUUAUAUUGUAGUACUGGUGUUACAUAUUAUUUGAAAUUUUUAAUGUAUCUAGCGUUUCCUUGAUUCCUGAAAGGAAACUGUUGUUACUUUGACAAUCGAAAAAGCUGUGGAAAAUGCAUCACGGUUACUUUGGGGCAGUUUAUUCCUAUGGGAGAAGAGCUGCUCUAUUUCAUAGAGUGUGAAAUGGCUUGGUAGCUUGAUGACAGGUUCUGCAAAGUCUAACAAAUUCCCAAAAUAAUGAUGUUUUUAAAUAAUCAAGAGCUCAAGUUAAUUAACUUCAUAAUUAUAACUCCCAGUUUAUAACUCCUAAUAAUUGCCAUAUUAUCACAAUUUAACAGCGAAAAAAUCAAAAGCAAACUAUCAUUAGUUGAGGAAUUAGUUUUAGUUGUAUUUUGUAAUUAUUAACAUGUUAGUUGGUGCAUAAUAAAAAUAUAUCACAUGAAAUUCUGAA